AUGGCUGCUACCAUCAGUCGAAGACUGGGACAAGCCACCGGCUUCCUGAGAGGCGGUAAUCAGUCUUCAGAACAAUUGCCAUGGAAUCCAGAUGCCACGAGAUUUCCCACGCGCAAAGAGCUGCCCAAGAUCCCAGGUGCUCCUGAGGGAGCUGCCUGGGUUUGGGGCAAAGACGACCAGAUUGGAAGAUUGAACCUCCUGACUCCUAAACGGGUAAAAGCCGCUUCUGCUGAGAUCAAAACUGGAGAAGUCGUGCCGUUGAAUCUUCCACUGAACACCCCCGAAACGCCCGCAUUCGGCCGCGAGAAGUUCGUGCAUAAGAUCAAGGUCCUAGUAGACAACGUCUGCUACGACGACCAGUACGAGCUCAACACACAGAGCGGCACCCAAUGGGACGGGUUUAGACAUUUCGCACACAUGCCGACGCAAACUUUCUACAACGGGCAUCCACCACUGGGCCGAGCACGGCAUUGCCGGCCGCGGCAUCCUCCUCGAUUACUGGGGCUACUCCAAAGCCACAACUACGACCCGUACAAAUCUCACGGCAUCUCGUUCGCGGAUCUCCAGAAAUGCGGCCAGGCCCAGGGGAUCGACAUCCGGCCCGAGGCCCAAGGCGGCGACAUCAAAGUCGGCGAUAUCCUAUUCAUCCGCUCGGGAUUCGUGGAACAAUACCACAAACUAACUCCCGAGGAACGGACCGCGGGUGCUUUGCGCCCAAUGCAUCUCGAAAGCGACGAUACGGAUGCCAGCAAAGCCGCGGAGCAGGACCCCCAUAGCCCGGAACUCGAAUGGGCCGGUCUCAAGCAGGAAGAAGCCAUAAUCGACUGGCUCCAUGAUUGCUACUUCGCAGGCGUGGUGGGCGAUGCACCUUCCUUCGAGGUCUGGCCCACCGCGCAACCAUACUACCUACAUGAAUACAUCCUCUCGCUAUGGGGAAUGCCGCUGGGUGAGAUGUGGGAUCUGGAACGGUUGACGAAGAAGGCUCGAGAGUUGAAACGCUGGUCGUUCUUCGUUACGAGUGCUCCGGCGAAUACUCCUGGCGGCGUCAGCUCCCACGCCAACGCAACUGCAAUUUUCUAAAGCAGGACCAAAUACAAAUACGAAUAUCGAUACGAACAGUUCCAUAUAUACUAUACCAUACCUCUUCUUCCGAGCAACAAAUGGCAUGGUCGUCACUGUAUUAUCCUUCUUUUCUAAGGGUGGGGUGCCUUGAUAUAUCAUAAGUACUCAUGGCAACAUGGACAAUACAAUAUCAUGAUUUAGUCUUGUUAGAGAGUAAAUCACCGAGACAUUCGUAGAGGGAUUUCAUCAUAGUGGGAACUAGUAGUAGAGCUUAGGCACGUGUGAAAACGAGGACUCCGUAUUUAGACUUGAACAAAGAAUUCGAGUGCGUUGCUGAUUUACUUCUAAAGAUUAACUGCAAGCAGAA